ACUACGCGGCAAGUCGGUGCACCCUGCGAGUAAUGUGCUAGUGGUUAGUGUGAUCCGACGGUGUGUUAAAUUGUCACAAAAUUCAACUUCCAAAAAAGAAAUUCAACUCUGCCCGCAGUAACGGGAGGCGGUGUUACCGUGAUCUCCGUCGCCGGUCGGUUAUUUGUCCUUCAGCGGUUUUGUAUCCGACAGCCGGGGUUGGAUCAGGAUCGACACAGAUUGACAGUUGGGGGGUGUCGUUAUUAGCUAACAUUAGCUAACUUCUCACUACAUAUCAGCUGCCUCAGCGCUGUAUGUGCGGCAAUAACAUGUCAGCGCCUUUACCUGCCAUUGUGCCUGCUGCCCGGAAAGCCACUGCAGCGGUCAUAUUUCUGCAUGGCCUUGGUGACACUGGACAUGGUUGGGCUGAAGCAUUUGCAGGCAUCAGGAUACCACAUGUGAAAUACAUCUGUCCACAUGCUCCCACUAUGCCUGUUUCUUUGAACAUGAGGAUGUCUAUGCCUUCCUGGUUUGAUAUAUAUGGACUGAGUCCAGAUGCAGAUGAAGAUGAGGCUGGUAUUAAGAGAGCAUCAGAGAACAUUAAAGCCUUGAUAGACCAAGAAGUGAAAAACGGGAUUCCUUCGCACAGAAUUAUCCUGGGUGGAUUUUCACAGGGUGGAGCGUUGUCUCUCUACACAGCUCUGACUACUCAGCAGAAGCUCGGCGGUGUGGUCGCUCUGAGCUGCUGGCUUCCUCUCCGCAAGUCCUUCCCUCAGGCGUCUGCCAACAGUGCUAACAAGGACAUGCACGUCCUACAGUGCCACGGGGAUGCCGACCCCCUGGUCCCUUUUGUAUUUGGCAGCCAGACAGCAGAGAAGAUGAAAAGUCUCAUCAAUCCUGCCAACAUCACCUUCAAGUCCUACCGGGGUCUACCUCACAGCGCCUGUCCGGAGGAAAUGGUGGAUGUCAAGCGAUUCAUAGAGAAGCAGCUUCCUCCCAUCAGCGACGAAUGAACUUGAGAGUGUCCGCUCAGCCGCUCAGCAUCAACAGUCCUUCAGGCUCGACUCUGGUGAGACUCCUUGGACUCGAGGACCACUGACUUACUUGACUAUAAACCCACGCUGCUACUCAUAGAUCCAGACAGGACUGGGGCUGCUAACGCGUUCAGCCCCGGGGGAAGCAUGAGUGAACCGAUGCUGCAUCCUGACCUGGAGCCACUCACACUCUCAGUGUUACAGUAGAGUAACAUUAGUUGCUUGAUUGUAAAGCUAAUUGCCAUUGGGAUGGGAAACGUAUGUAUUAUAAUAACUAGGGCUACACAUUAUGGUUUAAUAUCUACUGUCUCACAAUAAAUGGCCUGUUGUUACA